AUUAACCGCACUAGUCUAGGUGGAGGUUAUUUUGGGACCCUAUUCUUCUGUAUGUAUUGUAAAAAUUCCCUGUACGAACACACGCGGCUUAAAAAAAAGCAGUGAUGUGAAUUGUCGGCUCCAUCGGCUCAUCCCGCUGUAGCUAGUUAUUUCCCCCCAGUGUGCUCUUUCUCUUUCCCUCUUUGCCUUUUAUGUGGAGAAGAUCGAUGGAGAAAUACUCACUUGUCAAAGUGAUCGGUGAAGGCUCGUUUGGCCGGGCCGUGUUAGUGCGGUGUAAAAGCAGUCAGGAAAAAUAUGUGGUGAAGGAGAUUCAGCUGCCAAAGAAUCAAUCCAAACUGGAGAAUUCGAGGAGGGAAGCCAUCCUGCUGUCCAGAAUGAAACAUCCUAAUAUCGUGGCUUUCAGGGAGGCAUGCGAGGCUGAUGAACUCCUGUGGAUUGUUAUGGAGUACUGCAGCGGAGGAGAUCUGCUCCAGAGGAUCAAGCAACAGAAGUCAAACCAGUUCAGUGUUGAUAAUAUCUUGAAGUGGUUCGCUGAAAUGUGCGCAGGUGCAAAGCAUAUCCAUGAUCAGCGAGUUCUGCACAGAGAUCUGAAAUCCAAGAACAUUUUCCUGACCGAUAAUGGGACAGUCAAGCUUGGAGACUUUGGCUCAGCCUGUAUUUUGAACAGCUCGAAGGCUUACGCUCAUGCAUAUGUUGGAACUCCGUAUUAUGUGGCACCAGAAAUCUGGGACAAUAAGCCGUACAACAAUAAGAGUGAUGUGUGGUCUCUAGGCUGCGUCCUGUACGAGCUCUGCACCCUGCGACACCCGUUCCAGGCAUCCAGCUGGAAGAGUCUGAUUCUUAAGGUGUGCCGGGGUGCAUACCCUCCCCUCCCCAGUCAUCUUCCUUAUGAGUUGCAGUACUUGGUCAAGCAGAUGUUCAAGACAAACCCAAAAGACAGACCGUCCCUGCACACCAUCCUGACCUCUCACAGGGUUUCUAAACUCUUGCGUACACACCUGCCCUCCCAGGCCUCGGAGAGGGAGGAGCAGGCGAGGCAUACAGGUCGAUGGAACAGAGAGGAGGGAAAGAAUGUGGCUCGUCUUCUGGGAGAGAAGAGUUUAAUAAAAACAUCAACAUCUGAAGGUAUGGACUUACCAAAAAGCUGCUUCGAAAGCAGAGACCCCGCCCCUCGAAAGCAGUGGUCUACUGAGCCAUCAGACACCGUGCUGCAGGUGUUAGCUAAUGCCAGUCUGGUUUCAUCUGACAGCGUGACAUCAACUGGCCGGACCUUCACUAGUUCUACUCAUGAAGGGGAGCCAGAGGACAGCAGGCAGAGAAGACGAUGGGAAAGGAAUCCUCCUGAGAGGCUUCUGAGUCUGCUGGAGAAGGCUCAGCUGAGCAAAGCCUCCAGCACCUUCAUAAUAAACAGAGGUGAAGACCCUCUGUUGGGACCACUCUCCCAUCCUCAAGGUGAUGACACGGAUGGGCCCGAACAAGAGCUGGUUAUAGACGAGGACCGCCUGCAGCCACGCUCUGAUGAUGAAGACACGGACUUUGAAGAGGAAUCUCCAUGUGACUGGAUGGAUGAAGCUGAGAAAAUAUUUUUGGAACACUAAGACCUUUUUUCCUUCUGAGCCUGUAAAAAAGGCAAGGUUAACUUUUAAAUGCUGCAACAAGACACUAAAAUUUUAACUGUGUGUUUUGUUUUUUUUUCAGCUUGCUGUCAGAAAACCUUGUGCACAUAAAGACGUUUGGAAGUUUUGUGUGCUCUGUUUAAUCAGUUGUCUUCGCCUCAGGUUAACAGUGAUAAACAUUCCUUGCAAUUUGAGGCCACUGGGAAGCUUCUGUUUGGCUUGUUCGGAAAACAGGAAAUAUUAGAGUCAGAAAGGUUAUGUCUCCAUGCAGUCACACCAAUUUGAGCCCGCCUGCACCUUUUGAAGUCUGUUUCUUUUGCAAUAUCAAAAGCAAACUAAACAUCUUGUUGCUGUUAUAUGGCUUUUAUUCUUGUGACUAAACAAACCACAUAUCUGGCAUUUUCAGCUGCUUUGUUGUUUUUCAUUUUCUAGUGAGUGCUUACAGGGCCCAUCCUUCCUGCACUCUAUUUGGUUUAUGUACCACUAGGUGGAGUUGGAAUCCCUUUGGGAUCCCAUUGCGUGGAAUGGGAAAAGCUAUCGUGUGGUUCAGAUCAGGGUAAUUAAAGUUUGGUAAGAUAAACUAAAAACUAAAAUUAGAUGUGAAAAAAUGUGUUUAGGUAACAAAAUAAGAUUUAUGGGACUUAUGGGAAAAGAAAAAAAUAACUGAAAUGGUUUUGUGAACUUGGAAGACUAACCAAAAUAAAAUAAAAUAUGGGAAAAUAUGUAGAAAAUAGAUUUAGUUUCAGACUUUGUUUGGUAAAAUUUGUUAUCAGUUCCCCUGAUGAGGCUUUGAUGGACUUGUUUAUUGAGACUUUGUAUUCUUAUAAGAUGUCUGUCAACUGCUUUCAUAAAGUGUUUUUUUUUUUUUCAGUUCCCGUGCUGAUUUUCCUCAGUUUACCUCUGACAUAUGCACUCCAUACAAUAAUACUACUUAUCUUAACACUGACCAAAAAAAAGAAGCAAUUUUCCAACCAAACAAAACCCGAACUGAAACGAGCAAACCCACUCUGGAUACUAAAUCUAAACUGAAGUGAAAACAAAAAGUCAAAAAUGAAAUAAAAGUAAAAACUAAUUAGAAAAUACAAAAUGAUAAUCAUUGUUUCAGAUGUGGUUAACCUAAUUAGCAGUGGCAGUGAAAUAAAUCAGUGAGUCCCCAUGCUGCAUAAAGACGUUAUAAAUACAAAGGAGCAAGCGGAACAUGUUACUGUAUUUGGUUUGCCAAAUGAGAAGCCUGACGGAAUAGGACCAGACAAUAGAACAGCCACAUGUUUGGCUACAGACAGACUUAACCCAAGCCUUGCCCAUUACAGUUUGGGCUGAGCAGGAAAGGGAUACUACAGCCCGUUGAGUCAACAAAACCAUAAUGAUUCACCAACAGUCACACCAAAGCUGGAUUAUCCAGCUACUAAAGUUCUUUCAGUAACUUAGAACUCCUAGUGGCUGACAUGAGCGCUCCGUGGUAUCUUUUACCAGAUAUCUGCCCACGAUGUGUUUCACUGAGGAAGCUCAACCCUUAUCACGAGGACACAAUGAAUCCCCUCUCCAGUGCUCACAGUUCAUCCCCCCCUGCUUUUUAGAAAUAGAAAAAAAAGCACCUCCAUAGCAUAGAUGUCCAUGUUUGGAAAAGAUACAUGUAAUGUGAUGUAUCAUAGCAGAGCUGCAACUUCAUCAUGGUCUGUGUCCUGCAGAUAGAAGGGUCUCCCACCAGUGGCCAUGAUGAACCGGGAAGUGUCUUUAUAUAUUGGUCUUAUAAACUGAGGGGUUGGAGGUGUAUGAAUUUGUCUAAAAGAGUUUAUACUGGCUGUUUGAACUUCUGCGACCUCUGAGAAUUUAGGAUUAACAGUAAUAGCUAUAAAUAUAAUAUAAGUAUUUCCUUAUGAACAUCCAAUAUGAGUACAAAGACUGAACUCAGACUGAAACUCAGAGGUUUGCAGCAAA